UUUCAGCCAAUCAGCAGCGCUCUAGGGAAACAAGCGGACCAAUCAGAAAGCAGUGCGCCCUGUUUGAGGUUAACCUGUUUAGUUCAUAACCUGACUGGACCCGCUGCCUGCUUCAUUAGUAAAACACGAACCGACACGAUGUACGGCGGAACCGAACCGCCUCCCGUCUCCAUCCGCUGCAGAAAGUAGCGCCCCGGGUCAUGGCUCGGAGUCGAUCCGACUUCCUGCCGCUCCUGCCCCGCCGGAAUGCCCGGCUGGACUCGUUCCUGAAGCGGAACACGGAGCGGGCUCUGUACGAGCGGAUCCGAACCUACGAACCGUGCGUGGUGGUCUCUGACGUCAUCAACAAGGUCUACAUGUACGCGGUGCUGAGUGACGAGCGCGUGUACCUGACGGAGUUCCCGCCACGCGCGCUGACCGCCGCCGUGAGCCUCGAGCGCGUGCGCGACAUCGAGCUGGUGAACGACCUCCCAGAUUUCCUCAGUUCAAAGGACAGGGAGCGCUGUCAGCACAUACGGAUCACCUACAUUCCAGAAAGGCCUGCAGAGAAGCAACAUGAUUGGUUACAGAGGGAGAAGGGGGAGGGGCUUCCUCCUGUGGCCCCGCCCUCUCGCAGAGCCAGCCACUGUCCAAUCAGAAUACAUGACUUAAAAGGAUAUCCUGCAGACAGCUGGUGGGAGAAAGAGGAGCUCCAGCCGGUGAUGAAGACCAGCCGCUCUUCCUCCUGCCCCGACCCGGAGACUCUGGGCCUCCCCAGGAUUCCUCUUCCUCAUCCUCCCUCGCCUCCUUCCUCACCACCAGAGGAAAACCUGAAAACAGCUGAGAGCCGCCAGGUGACCCAGAGGAUCGGCGCCGUCCUGACCCGGCUGCUGAGGCGGGACCGAGCGGACUUCGGGGAAGAGAGGGAAGCCGAGCUGCACCUUUACGUGGUUUCUCAGACCUCCACCCUGUACCUCCACCUGCAGAGCUGCUGGAACAGCUUCGUCAUCAAGUCGACCCGGCUCCUGGAUCCGGUCUACAGGAGGAGAAGCACGCCGUCGUCCGACUCCAUCAGCGCGGAGCGGACGGCUCACCUGUUCGCUCAGCUGAGUUCGGAGCUGCUGCAGGACGGCAUCACCGUGGAGAACCGGUACCUUCUGCUGCAGGAGCUGAGGACAGCGGCUCACCGCAACGUCACGCUGAGGAGGCUCUUUUGGAGGGUGAGACGUUACGAUAAAGAGAACAGACAGAGUGAAAAUACCUGGAAAUGUGGACAGAAAUCAAGAUUUUUAUCCAUUUAUUUUUGUUCCCAGUCCGGUGAGGCGUUUGUCUUCCUGGUUCAGACUCUGGAGGAAUGUCUUCAUGGCUGUCAGAGUUUCAGCAGAUUUCACACCACAGAUCAGCUACUGCUGAGUACGCUGAUCAUCCAGACGUUCGCCAUCAUGUUCAGAGAGACGGAGGUGGAAGUGUCCAGGAGCAGCCUGCUCUUCGCCAACAGAGGGGCUCUGAUCUCCAGACUGCUGCUCGCCUUCGUUUGUGAUCCUGACGGUGAGAAGCAGAGUCGAGGCUCCGCGUCUGACUCAGAGCUCCAGGAUUUAGUCUCAGAGUACCUGGAUGCUGCCUGCUCUCUGCUGUUUGAGCUGCUGCUGCUGGGCUACCAGACCAGCCGAUGUUUCCCUGGAGAGAACUUCAUGUCCGUGUCGUGGAUCCUGGGAGUCCUUCAGCCUCACCCCCACCUGGUAAGCCUUCCUCACAGGAGUCCAGCCGUUCAGCUCCUCCAGGUAACCUCAGUCUGUCCUCCGCAGCUGCCCUUCAUCCGCCACCAGGCCCAGCUGCUGGUUCUGGUUCUGUCGGACCAGACCGGGUCGGUUCUGAGCCCGGCGGAGUCCGUUCUGUUGUUCCAGCGCUGUCGCCUCCUGCUGGCCUGUCUGCAGUACAACAACCAGCUGGCUCAGCACCUGCAGCUAAACUUCAGAGAGGAAUUCAGAUUCGCAGUGACUCCGUCCAGCGCCGAGCAGAAGCUGCAGCCUCGUUAUCCGAUCUGCAAGCCGACUGUGAGACUCAUUCAGCGCAUCGUGACGCUCAUCCAGCGCAGCUGAGCCCACAGGAAGCUAGAAGUUCACUACAGAAACAAAACGCUCAGACAGAAUGUGCCUUUAGCGUCUUUAUCAGUGGCAGGAAUGAUGCUGCUGCAGGUCCGAUAACAUCCACCUGAUUGGUUCUGUGGGUAAUCAAUAAAUUAUCAGUUUCACAGCAAAUCAAACUGGAAUCGCUGAUUUGUUCAGUAAUAUUUGGGAUUUUUUUUUAAAAAUGGUUCACUUUGUUUAUUAAUAAAAAAUAAUUUUUACAAGUUAUUAUUUUGCUCCAUAAGCGACACCAGAGUCUGGAGAGCUGGAGGUUUCAUCCUGUAAACAAUUCAUCCUGGAAACGAUUCAUCCUGGAAACGAUUCAUCCUGGAAACGAUUCAUCCUGGAAACGAUUCGUCAUGGAAACGAUUCGUCAUGGAAACGAUUCGUCCCGGAAACGAUCCGUCCCGGAAACGAUCCGUCCCGGAAACGAUUCAUCCCGGAAACGAUCCGUCCCGGAAACGAUCCGUCCCGGAAACGAUUCAUCCCGGAAACGAUCCGUCCCGGAAACAAUUCAUCAUGGAAACGAUUCAUCAUGGAAACGAUUCAUCCUGGAAACGAUUCCUGAUGGAGUUCCUACUGAAAAACUGGGACUGGAGAGACUUUAAUCAGUUUCUGCACCGUUCAUCCAUCCGUUCAUCCAACCAACCGUUCAUCCAUCCAAAAAUUGUAAAGAUCUUUUUUAAUGAGUCCAUUCAGACAG